AUGCUCGGCACAGCUUUAAUGAGACGCAGAUUAGUCGAAUUGAGAGGGAACAGUAGAAAUUUCGCAAAUAAGAAAAAGGAAGGGAUCACGGGGAACAGGUUCUCUAGACGUUUUCGUGGUUCGGGAAGCACUGGUUUAUUUGUUUUUGCUUUUUUUUGCGACAGGAUUUUGGGGAGCAAUAUUUUUCCAGAAUUUGAGUUUUUGAAUGAAAGCAAUGGUAGCAAGGUAGAUCAAGAUCGGACAGACAGAAAUUUACAAUUCUUAACUCGACUGCUUUCAGAGGAGUCAGUGAGACAACAUCAGGUUCUUAAAGUUUUCAAGAGCGAAGGAAGAGUCACUAGAGGUAUUUAG